UUCGCCAGCCCAGCCCUCGCCCUCGCCGCCUUCGUGACCGGCGCGGCCGCUCAGCUCACGAUCCUGAGCCCUGGAGGUCCUGACUUGUGGUGGGUCGCACAGUCGCAGAACACCGUCAUCUGGACAUGCGACACCUCGCCCUACAGCACCUUCACUGUCUUGAUCGACAACUCUGACCCGAAGAUUCUGACCUCCGAGCUUGCCAUCAUCGCGCAGCAGGAGAAUUUCGAUUGCUCCGAGACCAUCUCGCAGUACCAGGUCACCAUGCCUGCUGCGAGCGGUUAUACCCUCAUCUUCGCUAACCCCUUGAACAACACUGACGUCUACGCCCAAACACAGCCCUUCGAGAUCAAGGCCCUCGGUGCGACCUACCCGGCUGCCUCUGCUACACCCACAGGAGGUUCGAGC